GGAGUGGGGCUUUCAUCACCUCCCUGACGUAGGAUGUGUACAUGGCUCUCCAGGUCAGAGUUGCUCCAAGCAAGGUUGUUUUGCAGAAGUUUCUUCUAUGUGUCAUUCUGUUCUACACUGUGUACUAUGUGUCCCUGAGCAUGGGCUGCGUGAUGUUUGAGGUGCAUGAGUUGAAUGUCCUGGCACCAUUUGAUUUCAAAACAAAUCCCUCAUGGCUCAACAUAAACUAUAAAGUUAUUUUAGUUUCAACAGAGGUCACCUACUUUGUUUGUGGAUUGCUUUUUGUUCCAGUUGUGGAAGAAUGGGUUUGGGAUUAUGCUAUUUCAGUAACUAUUCUUCAUAUUGCCAUCACUUCAACUGUUAUGUUGGAAUUCCCCUUGACAUCACAUUGGUGGGCUGCUUUAGGAUCCGGCUUAAUUUCGAUGAUAUGUGGAGGCCAGACUUUAGCAUACUAUUUGUUCAAAGACAACUUUAUCUAUCCAGAUCUGGAUAAUUUUUAACAGAACAGUUGAAUUAAUUUGCCUCAGAAUUUCUAUAAUAUUACAUACAUUGUGUCAGAGCUAAAUUUUAUUAUUUGUUCUAACUUAUAUUCAAGGUUAAAUAUAUUCAGUAUAAAAAGAAAAAAAGAAGCCAAUGGAGUGCAGAACAACUCUAGUAAAAAACUUCAUAGGCAAAACGUUGCAAACUCAUAACAUGCAGUGUCUCUCAAAGUGUGUUCCACACAAGGCUGGUUCUCAAAGAUGUAAUAUUGCUGUGCAAGGAAAAAGCAGUUUCAUGUUUAUUUGUGAAAUCCUGGGUUUAAGUAAAACAGAUUUAUUUAUUUCAGGAUUUCUCCGAAUGUUUAUUUAUUUGUUUUGAGACAAGAUCUCACUUUUUCACCCAGGUUGGAGUGCAGUAGUAUAAUCAAAACUCACUGCACCCUCCAACUCCCGGGCUCAUGCAGUCUUCCAGCCUCAGCCUCUUGAGUAACCGGGACAACAGGCACCUGCCACCAUGCCUGGCUAAAAUCUUUAACAUACUAUUAUGAACAAGACAUCUCUAAGCUGUAGUGUACAUCAUGCACUGUUUCUCAAAUGUAUUUGACCAGAGGCACGCUUUAGAAGCUGCUGAUGUAUCUUGUGGAAAGUAUAACGUAGUAAGGGGCAGAUUCAAAACUACUGUGAAUCCCUGAAACCAGAACUACAUUCUUUGGCUUCUGGUAUUUGUUCUCUGUUAGAGCAUUUCUUAUGAAAUUACUUCCCUUUUUUAGACUGUGGUCUUCUAAACACAGUGCUUUUCAAAAUUUAAUGUGUAUUUGAUUUAUCUGAGGAUCUUGUUACAGUGCAGAUUUUGGUUCAGAGGGCAGGAAUUGGGGCCUAAGAUUCUGUAUUUCUAACAAUUCCCAAGAAAUGCCAGCGCUUAGACCAUACUUUGAGUAGCAAGGGUCUAAGCGAUUGGGAUCAUAUUUUGUUAAGUUGGUAUAGCUCUGUAUAACCAGUCCUGUGUUUUUAAAAAUAUUGUUAUUAUUCAAUAAAUGCUUGUUGAAUUGGAUGU